AUGGGUUCUGAAAACGGCCAUAGCGGCCAAUUCCGCGCGCCGCACCUUCCGCCCUCUUGCCUAAGCACUUCGUCUAGUACGUCUUCUUCUGUUUCUGCUGUUGCUGCUCCUCCCGCUUUCGUCGCCGCCAACACCGCGAGCAGCGGCAGCGGCGUCUGGGGAGCGGACAUGCAUCCGUCCACGGGGGAGUUUCCGCAGUCGUUCUCCUCCCAGCACUCCGCGCUUCCGGUGGCACCCUUCCCGCCGCCAUUCCCCGCGCCCCUCGCCGCGCGCAUGUUCCCCGCGCAGUCCAUCUACCGCCCAGACUUCACGCAGUCGGACCGCUACUACCCCGCCGCCGCGAGCCGCUGGGGCGGCGGCGCGUUUGCGUCCGGUGACGAUUACUACGACGGAAUUGCGGAGGAGAACGAGGGCGAAUGGGCGGAAGACGCUCUAGACACGUACAUCGACAGCCUGGAUAACCGCGACGGCGGCGCGCUCGGUCCCGGGUACUACUACGACGGGCCCGCAGCGGCUUGUAACGAGGACAUGGAGCUCGAACCGCCUGCGUCGGCGACUUUCAACUGGACCCAGAUCGAGGAGUCGUGUCAGCGCAUGGAGGAGCAACACAUGCGCAUCAUGGAGGUCGACCUUACGUGCAUCGGCGACGGCAACGGCGGCGAGCAGGUGCUCUACGAGUUCACCUUCGAGGAAACCGACGACUACGCUGCUGCUGCUGCUGCUGCUGCUGAUGAUGAUGGUGAUUCAGGUGCUGCCGACGGUACUGUUCCUGCUGCUGCUGCUGCUGCUGCUGCUGCUCCUGCGGCGGUUGCUGCUGCUGGUGCUGGGAACGCAGCAGCUGGAGGGGAUGAGAAGCAGACUGGGGGAGGGGACGAGCUGCCUUGGCUGAGCAGUGAGGCCAAGACAGCUCAGGGUAGCAUCAAGCAGAGAGUGUUUGGGUCGGCUACAGGCAGGUGGAGGCGCAGCAAGGGACCCAGGCUCCAGCGCUGCAACAGCCUCACGUAA